ACAAGCAUAUCGGACCGGUUCACCGGACACGCAGAUGCUGACUUGCAGUUGAUUUUGACAUGACACUAUGAAAAACUGCUAAUCUCGUAGUGAAUGCGUGUGGUUUGUGAAGGUCCAUAGCCUAGUUCGUCAAUUUUUUUUUUCUCCGAGAUAAAUCGAUCAAACGGCAUUUAGCAAAAGGAAGAGAAGAAACUUUUCUAAUAGCCCUCCAUUUGCCGUGAACAAAUAGGACGGAUGGUCUACAUGCGAACUUUGGUUCGUCAUGCUGAUUGUGCGAUUGUAGCACAAGUGCAGAAAAGAGGUGAAACAGUAUCUACAGCUUCGUUCUCCCCCUCCUUUUUUUGUGAAUAAAUUGUCUAACAGUAUUUUUCAAUCAACAGCACUCUGUGUUUUCCAUUGAUCUUGUCCAGGUUCAGCUUUUUAGGAGAUGCAGGAGGAGACAUGUCAAUAAGUUCUUCAGAAAUGUUAAUAGUUAGGACUUCACAAACCCUAGGGGUUUGUGGGUUUCCCAUCCAUACUACUUCGACCGAAUCUGAGUGGCUUGUGCGUGUGUCCUAUACUACAACUCAGGCAAGACUUGCAGCAAUGGAAAACAUGGCUGCCUUAAUCCCAAGGCUUUUUCGUUCGCCCCGUAGUGGUGGUAUGUGUGUAGUUCCUGGUCUCACAUGGCAACACAGAAGCAGUGACUAAGUCGAGCUAGUGGCGGACAGUUUGGUCGUAUAUCCUUUCCCAACUCUACGCUGAUCUCCUUGGCCGAAAUAGAUGCCCUUCAACAAUGAAGAAUCCUUCGAAAUGUUAUCUCCGUCCUCGCUAAACCAGUUUGAUCAUUCAGAGACGAUUGAUGUUGAACACAUGGACGAAGAUGACGAGUUAAAAAGUAGUCCAACGUCGUUCGGCACAGGAAAAGGAGCAUCCUGUCGCAAUCCAACUUGUGCCCUGUGCAAAAAUCACGGCAUCAAUAGUCCUUUAAAAGGUCAUAAGCGUUACUGUCCGUUUGGGCGUUGCAGUUGCGACCUGUGUCGAGUCACUCGCAAGAAGCAGAAAAUCAACGCAUCUCAGGUAGCGUCCAGGCGAGCUCAGCAACAAGACAGGGAACUGGGAAUCGAUAGGCCCACAAUGCAGCCUAAUACUUCUUCCGGUUCGACAACGCCAAGGACUUUCGCUUCGUCUAUUUCGCCAUCCGACUUGGGAAGAAACUCGACUAGAUCAGCUUUAGACGUGGAUCGUCCGUUAUCAGAGCCUAAUACGACUCAAUACAUGCCAUCUCAUUACGCUCCCGGCAGUGGGCCUCAAGAAUUCGGGAAAAACAUGGCACUAGAAUGCUUCCUGCUAGGCAGGAGAGCUUCUCUACUAGUAAAUUCUUUGCGUGAUUCGAAACUUACCGUCGAGCACUUGGCUUAUCUUGAUAAUGACGUUUAUUGCAGCGGGAACAGAUUUCUAAUGCCAGUGCGAAAUCCACUUUGGCUGUUCCACCAUACAUUGCCAACCAGUUUGCAAUCCUUUCGGAACAGUCCAAUCGAGCGACGUCGGAAGAUGCGUUUAGCGCAGCUCAACUAUACGGUCACGCCAGCCGAAACACCGUCAUUUGCCCACCACGUCAUCUUUCUCUUCCUAUGUAUCCCUAUGUUAAUCAAUGAUUGGGCCGUAAGGUAUUUAUAAACGAAAGUUUAAUCAAACAAGAAAAACCUUGUUUUCCUGUAAUUUUCCCCUUUCUAAUUAAUUCCAUUGGCUUGGCGUUUUCGUUUUCUUCCUGGUUUUAAUUUUUGCAGUUAUCUGUGAUGAGUGUGUAAUAUCUUUAUGCGGCCCUUUCUGUAAUCUGGAUGUCGAUUGAAAAAAAAAAUCGAAUAUAUUGACUGAAUACACUAAACCCC